AUGAGUAUGGACGCUGGCGGUCUUGCUCAGAUGACCUACAAUUCAUCUUUCAAUAAUGGCCCCUCUUUGGGUGCCCCGGGCUCUAGCUUUGGGUCUCGAAGGAAGGGCCCGAACGUCAAGCGUUUGAGUGUGCCACCCCCGCAUAUUUCGACCAUUGACGAAUCUCAGCCGACCGUUUCCACUCCGCGGACCAGUCGCUCGCAUCUUCUUGCUGGCUUGAGAACUGCCCCAAAGUCUGCCACUGUUCCCUCUGCCAACCAGCGCAGGCAGCACCUGGGUGUGGAGGGAGACCGGUAUGGCAACCUGUCCAAUCGCACUGCCGAGCGCAACAUUCCGCAAACCGCGACGGGAACUGGAUUCCCACGACACUCCUUGAUGAUGAACCAGGGACUCGACACAAACAUGAAUCGUCCUAUGUAUACCUUGCCGGAGCAGGUUCUCGCACCCCCGGCUCUUGAUUUUCCUAACGACAUGCCCAUUGACGAGAACCUCUAUGCGGAGCUGAUGUCUACCAACAUGUUUUUGGCUGCUCAGCAGCAGCGCCUGCAACAGCAGCUGCUUAGCGUCACUGCUGCUGCUCAGCAGUUCCAGGGUCUGAGCCUGGGUGUCGGCCUUGGCCAGCAGCAGCAGGACUUCUCCUCGCUGUCUAUUCCGACCAUGGGGAUUUACCAGCAGCAGCUCCAGCAGGGUGUGCAACCGGUGGUUCAACCCGUCGCUGGUCAGCCGGGCCUCUACUCCGUUUACAAUCCCCUGACUGGCCAGCUGAAUUAUGUUUAUGACAACAGCAUGCAGCAAGAUUUGACGCCUCCGUACCAGUCCGAGGAGGAGUAUCAGUCCCCACCCCUGCACGUUCCACCUUUCCGCGCCGAGGUUUCACCUCCUCUCGAGUCUGUCAAGUCGCCAGUCAAUGUGUCGGAUGAUGUUUCUUCCAUCAGCACUCCUUCUGAGGACGGCAUCGCACCUCUGCCUCCUCCAUCUGCCAAUGCCUUCCGUAGAGCUACUCACAAGAAGAACACGUCUUUUGGUCCCAAGACCGGCAUCGACACGAACAAGGCCAACAGCGCUGUCCACGUUACUGGUCCCAAGACUGCCCCGAUUGCCACACCAGCAACAGGAACUUUUGGACCAGGCCAGGGUCGUGCUGGCGAGCACCCCGCCCGCCAGCCCAGAGGCCCGCCCUCGCUCGAGGAACUUGUUGCGAAGCCAACCUCGAAGCAUGAAGGAAGCAAGAACUUUGCCACUCGUCAGCGUCGACGUGCUGUCCACAACCUGGUGCGUGCAGGAAUCGAACGCCGCGCAGACAGCCGAAGCUUGGGUCACAGCAGUGGUGGCACCAACACUCCCGCGAGCGAGAAGGAGUUUACUUUUUCCGACAAUGACGAUGCUACUGUUCGUAGCGGUGGUAGUCUCUCGAGCAAGCCCAGCUUGGGCAGUCUGCGUGCUGUAGCCAAUGGUGCAAUCGGCUCUGAGAGGAAGGAGAGAUCCUCUCGGGAGCGCAAGUCGCAGGACAGCCCGUUUAACACCACUCCCCUCAGCGAGCGAGACGGGUACUUUGGAGGCAAAUUCACGGAGCAACCUUCUCCACCAUCCGUGGCUGCUGUCGUCGCUGGCCAGAAGACGGUAGCUCAGGGUACGGAGCGUCGCAAGACCCCCAUGCUUGUGCUGUCGAGCGCCGAAAAGCGCAAGACCCCAAUCAUGUGA